GUCCGUGUGCCUCUCUGUGUUUGGCGGAGGACUGGGAAACAUCAGGCAAAUCCCCAGCUCUGCAAAGGAUGUGGACCAGCUUGAGGACAGUCACCGAGCCCAUCUCCCCAAGGGGCAGAAGCUGUGGGUCCCGGACUCGGUUCUGGGUGCUGGCUGUGGGGAUAUCCAUUGGCUUGUUCCUCCUGGGAUUCAUGAUCGGCUGGCUGGCUAACAGACAUGCCAAUCAGUUGCCGAGGACAGAUCUCCAUGAGAAGAUGAAGGAGGCAUUCAUGAAGGAGAUGAAAGCAGAAAGCAUCAAGCAAAUUCUUUACAACUUCACCCAGCAACCUCACUUGGCAGGCACACAGGAGAACUUGUGCCUAGCUGAACAGAUACAAGCAGAGUGGACGGCAUUUGGCCUAGACUCGGUGCAGCUGGCUCCUUAUGAUGUUUUGCUUUCCUACCCCAAUGAGACAAAUCCCAACUACAUCUCAAUCAUUGAUGAGCAUGGCCAAGAGAUUUUCAACACAUCACUAUCUGAGCCUGUUCCUGCAGGAUAUGAGACUAUUGAAAACAUUGUUCCACCUUACAGUGCUUUCUCGGCCCAAGGUGAGCCAGAGGGAGAGUUGGUGUAUGUGAAUUAUGGCAGCAUAGAAGAUUUCCACAGGUUAAAGCGAGAGAUGGGAAUUAAUUGUUCUGGGAAAAUUGUCAUUGCCAGAUAUGGGAAGAUCUUCAGAGGAAAUAAGGUUAAGAAUGCUUAUCUGGCUGGUGCCAAAGGCAUCAUUUUAUACUCGGAUCCUGCUGAUUCUUGUGCCCCUGGAGUUCAGCCUUACCCCGACGGCUGGAAUCUGCCAGGAGGUGGAGCCCAACGUGGAAAUGUCCUCAUUCUGGAUGGUGCUGGGGAUCCUCUCACUCCAGGAUAUCCAGCUAAAGAGCAUGCAUAUCGCUUGGAAGAAGCCCAAAGCGCAGCACACUUAAAUAUUCCUGCCCACCCCAUUGGUUUUCAUGAUGCUGAGCAGCUGCUAAAGGAAAUGGGAGGUGCUCCUGCACCAGAUGACAGUUGGAAGGGACAGCUUUCCGUGCCUUACAAUGUUGGACCUGGCUUUAGAGGAAGUUCUUCAAAAAGAAAAGUGAGAAUGCACAUCUACAGUUUCAAGCAAGUGAGACGGAUUUACAAUGUGAUUGGAACUCUCCGAGGAGCAACAGAGCCAGAUAGGUACGUUAUUCUGGGUGGCCACCGUGAUUCUUGGGUGUUUGGUGGGAUAGAUCCCCAGAGUGGAGCUGCUGUUGUUCAUGAGAUUGUCCGAAGUUUUGGGAAGCUGAAACAGAAAGGUUGGCGACCCAGGAGGACCGUGAUUUUUGCUAGUUGGGAUGCUGAGGAGUUUGGUUUAAUAGGAUCAACGGAGUGGGCAGAGGAAAAUGUCAAAAUACUACAAGAGCGGGGUGUGGCCUAUAUCAAUGCUGAUUCCUCUAUAGAAGGCAACUAUACCCUUCGAGUUGACUGUACCCCAUUGAUGCAUAGCCUGGUAUACAGUCUAACUAAAGAGAUACCAAGCCCUGAUGAAGGAUUUGAAGGCAAAUCUCUUUUUGAAAGCUGGUAUGAGAAAAAUCCAUCAAUGGAACAUAAAGGCUUCCCAAGAAUCAACAAGCUGGGUUCUGGCAAUGAUUUUGAAGUCUUUUUCCAAAGAUUGGGAAUUGCUUCUGGAAGAGCUCGUUACACUAAAAACUUUAAAGUGGACAAGUUCAGCAGCUACCCAGUUUAUCACAGUGUCUAUGAGACGUACGAGAUUGUGGGAAAGUUUUAUGACCCGUCUUUUAAGAACCACCUGGCUGUGGCCCAAGUGCGAGGAGGGCUGGUGUUUGAGCUGGCUGACGCAGUCAUCCUCCCUUUCGACUGCAGAGAUUACGCCAAGGCACUUAAUGGCUAUGUUGGUACCAUUUACAAUAUAACUAUGAAACAUCAGAUAGCAAUGGGAGCAUACAAUGUAUCAUUAGACUUGCUUCUUGAUUCCAUAAAGACAUUUUCAGAAGUUGCCAUUGACUUUCACAGCAGACUCAAACUACUGGACAUCAAUAACCCAAUCAAAGUAAGAUCUUGGAAUGAUCAGUUGAUGUUCUUGGAAAGAGCAUUUAUUGAUCCUCUUGGAUUGCCUGGCACACCAUUUUAUAGACACAUCAUCUUUGCUCCAAACAGCCACAACAAGUAUGCUGGAGUGUCCUUCCCUGGGAUCUAUGAUGCCCUAUUUGACAUUGAUAAUAAGGCAGACCAACAGAAAGCCUGGGAAGAAGUCAAGAGGCAGAUCUCCAUUGCUGCCUUCACCGUGACAGCUGCAGCUGGGACUCUUAAAGAAACACCAUGAUUUGCUAGACAGCCCCAAGCUGUUGAUAGUUCCCU